AUGUUCCCACAUGUUCCGAAAUAUGGCCACCUAAAAUGCAAAACAAAUAGUGACUCGAUAAAAAGGAAGGAGAAGAAAGCGCAAGUUGUUGCUGACUCAAUACAUUACACAUGAUUUUGCAUCGGUUUCGUUAGUACGCCGUGUCUACUUGCAUUCGUUCGAUUCGAAGUGAUGAGACAGUUAUAAGUGACAAUGAACAUGAAUAUCUUAAAUCGUGCAUCUUUCCUGCACGAUCGUAUCGAUGAUCUUCGAUUUAAUAAAUUUAAAAGCUACAAAUUAUUGCCGUACGCAAAUGAUUUACCGAAGGAGGCGGAAAAUUUGUUAGCUGAAAUCAAGGCGAAUUUAGGGCGAGCUGUUUUAUUUAAUGAACCAUUGCCAGGCUGCUACCUGUGGCUCAACAAUCUAUGCAAUUACAUUAAAAUAUAUGGAUUAGCGUUUUCCAAAGAGGAGCACAUCCUGUUGAUAAAGCUGUUAUAUGAGCUUCUUACAGGCACAGAAAUACCAUCUGACACUACAUGCAUAUCUCUUUAUGUCCUAAUCCGAUUACUAAAGAAAAAGAAAUUGAUAUCUCCUGAUGAUUUGCAACUUCCCUGGAGACCUCUUUACAAUAUUACUCUUCGUAUAACCGAAACUGAUAAGGUCCACCCAGACAUGUACCGUUUUCCUCCUUAUUAUGAGGAGGGAAUAGAAAUGCUUAUUCCUUAUGUAAAAAAUUACUUUCCUUUAAGCGCGACGCAGGAGAUAUUAGAUGAAUUGAAACCGACUUUAUUAUGCUCUAUCCGCGGCAUGACGUUGGCUCAUAAGGUGGAGGUGUUAAAAUGCUUUUUACCGUUGCAAUUACCUCCUCAACAUCAUUCCGUUGGGCAUCAACUGUGGUUCGAAGAAUUUAUGGAAUUAAGGGAACUUUGUCAAAAUGGGCAUAAGUGUCACGAUGAUUUCAUAGAAGUAAUGGCAGCGUUAGCUACGAACAACAUCGGUUAUAUUAACUGGGAACCUCACAUUCCAUUGAUGUUCACCAGAUUUAUAAGAUCCUUAAGACUACCAGUCUCAUACAAUAAACUUCAAGUUAAACAUGACGAUGUGGACCCGUCGUCGAUGACGUUGUGGAUAACAGCAGUUUUGGGUCAUGGUUCAAGCGCUCAAAUGCAUCUCGAGAAAUUUUUGAAAACGAUAGAGACAUAUUUUCAUCCUGCAAAUAGCGGCUGCUGGAUGGUAAAGUUAACGCGGAUUCUUGUGAAGCUCUCGCAUCAUUUCAUCACGCGGCUCUAUAAGGAACGUUACGCUGAGCCAACUUGGGAAACGCCUGUUCCGGAAGAAUACAAGCUGACCGAGAGCGACGUCGACGCUUUUGUUAAGUGCAUGCUGCCAGUAACUAUGAUAGCGAUAUUUAACAAGAUGAGCGUUAUCGAUGCUACCGAAACCUUACAGAAUCUUGCUACUAUGAGACCAAAUUUGGUUAUUCCGUACGUUUUGGAUCGAGUAUCUUAUACACUGGAUUCCGCUACAACGGAAUCGCACAAGUUGAUCGCGACAUUGAAUUGUAUGCAAGCUAUAGCCAGGCCGCUUGCAAGAGGAUUUAGAAUCGUGAAUCAGGAGUACUGCUAUGCGGAAGGACCGACACAUAUCGUACCAUUACUCUCUUUGAUUUUACCCAGCAUCGAUCCGAACACUCCUGAAAAGUGUUUCCUUGCGCUUCGACUGAUUUCGGUUUACGCUUGUCUGAUACCUAUCGUGGAUACUUCCAGACCGAUCACAACGAUAAAUGAAGAGGACAGACUGGAUUAUGACAUAGUGUCAGGUUUCGAAGAAUUCGUAUUGCAGUUCCUCGACAAGAUAUUUUAUUUCAUAGAUAAUAGCUCACUGGAAUUGGUCAGACUUGAAAAUUCUGCCGGCGGCGAGAAAAGUAAAUUAGAGAAGUUCGCGGAGAUCGUACUGUAUCACGUGUGCAGAGUCCUGCUGAUGCAGCUCAACGAAACGAUAUUUGCGGACGCGUUGGAUAAACUGCGCACAUUUAUUAUCGAACGUACACUCGAGAUAAAAGUUGCCGGGCAACUGACGGUCUCCUUGUGUCAAGUGUUCGCCAGAGUCAACGGAAAACAAACGUUACGGGCAUUGCUGCCAGUACUUUCGCAAACGAUUAUGGAUAUUAUCGGCGAGAGCAACGAUAUCGUUAGGGAGGAGCAUCUAGAUGCUCGCCUGCUGCACGCGAUGCUGCUUCUAUCAGGAAUCGUUGAUACGACGGGGAACAAUUUAUUACCUCACAUCGACAUAUUAAUCACAAUUCUUGACCGCGUUGUGAUCUUAAAAUCGAUAGAAGGAAAUAACUUAGCUUGUAGAUUACUAAGUACCAUUUUCCGUUCUCUAUGCACUAUGAUGCCGUACGAAUUUACGUCUACCAUUAACAUCGAAUAUUGGGGCCAGGUCCUGCAUACUGACACUAUAAAAGUUAAGUGGUAUAAACCCGGCAAGGAGGAGAUGGCUGUUAUAAAUCGUAUGUUUGUAAAAUACUUAAUUCCCGAGACGAAGAAAUUAGAAGAGUACUGUAAAGACUCAACCACGCUGACUAGGGAGGAGUUACUGGCUAGCAUAAACAUCAUGUGUAGCGUUAUCGAGGGUUGCGAAUCGAUUUUACCCGUGUGGGAAGGAAAGCCAUUAAAUUUAAUGAAAUCAUCAAUAGAAUGUACAUCUUUCAAGCCAACGCUUGGCGUGGAAGAAGAGAUUUUGAUGCCCGACGGUAGUCACGUGAAACGUUAUAUCCAAUUGCUCGCGAGUAAAUUACACGACGUGAUACUCGAAAAUGUGGAGGCCGAUACAAAAUGUUUAGUCUCUCUAACAAAAGUUUGGUGCUCUCUUUUUUCCGAAUGUGAGUCGUACAUGGAUUUCGCCCGCGUGAGAUACAAAAAUAUAGAGUGUUUUCAAAGAAGGAUGAAGGAUAUGUUAAUAAGAAAAAAGGGUGUUAUGGCGUGUUUCGUGUUGCAACACGCAGAAGGUCAACAAAUAAUGCGUUUAUGUUCACGAGUCUCGACGUUGAACGAAACCCAUAAGGAGAUAAUCUUAAAAUUCGUAUCAUUGGUUACCAGAAGGUCAACUGCUAGUCUGGGAUGUAGUGCUAAGUCCAUCCUCAUUUCGAUUUUUCACCAGUUACCAUAUUCCUGGAAAAUUAUCGUGCCAAAGUUAUGUGAUACGCUAAAAAUGGAUCCGGAAACAGACGAGAACGCUUACGAGGGAGCUCUAAGCAUUUUUUUGAGUCUUAUAGUUAAUCAAUUCAUCACGAAAGACGAUUGGUCUACGAUAAGAGAUUUAUUGUCGGCCAUGGUACUUUCUAAACCGUCUGAAAAGCUAUCUAUAAUACGUUUGAAAGAAAAUAUAGUGAAGACCAUAGCUUCGGAGCUCGCAACGGUUCCUAUUAAGCACGAAAUACCAAGUACGUGUUUCAAAAUUGCAACUGCAUUAUGGGAGACCGAGCCACGACCGAAUUCGUCAAUACCCGAUGAAAAUUCAUGUAUGGAAAGAUUCGUAGUCACGCAGCAGUUAAACGAGAAUAAUUUGACAUCUUACAACGGCUUGAUAAACGAUCUGCUGAACGUGCUUUUGACAGAGAAUUUACAUUGGCGACGCAGCUUAAUGGCAAUAGACUUUAUUGAAUACAUGGUCCAUCCGGAACAAAUAUAUUCACCGAAGGUGGUUCGGUACUUUCUGGGAACGUUAAUACACGAUUCUUUCUGCGAAAGAGACGUCGCUCUACGGGUAGUCAUAAAUAUUUUAGAACAACAAAAAAGGAAACAUCCAAAGAUAACUAUCGAUCCACCGUCGAUAGGAAACGAUAUACCGUUAGAGGAACGAUCGAUCAGGAAUAUGCUGGGGCCCAGACCAGACAAUAAUUGGCUUCAAUAUAAUUAUGAAACCCGGCCUUUAACUGCGGAACAAUGGGACGCACCCAGAUUCGUACAUCGACCGUUCGUGGGAUAUUUCGUCUGGCCGAAAAAAAUUGAAAUUUAUGCACCUUCGUCUCAGCAGCCGUCCUUAGAUCCGAAUCGAGAUAUGACGGAUCAGGAGAAGGAGAUCGUCGCAUUUUUCAACGACGUGCAAAACAUCGAGAAACUCAUCAAAUAUUACAGUCUAGAAAUGAAAAAAGAUAAAGACAAAUUCGCUCCGUUCAAAUGUCUGCUUUUCAAGAAUCUGUUCCGGAAUCACGGGAUCGUGUUCCUAAAACAUUUUUUGCCACACUUGCGCAAGCUUGUGACGGAUAAACAAGAGAGUAGCCAGAGAUGUGCGGCGGAACUGAUCUGUGGGAUCAUUAAGGGUUCGAAACAUUGGCCAUUCGAUAUGGUUAGCGAAAUGUGGGAUUCUUUGCUACCUAUUGUAAGGCUUGCUUUAGCUAAUAUGACACCGGAGACAACUAUGGAUUGGGUUCGUUGCUUCUCCGAAGCCCAGCUGAAUAGAGAUCCGAACAGGCACCAUUGGUUGCUCGAAUGUCUGAUGGAAGAGAUUUGCGUCGGCGAGUCGGAAUCCUCUUUUGUCGAAUGCGGACGUUUGUUAACUCUGCAAACGGUUCUUGGCAUACAGUCGUGGCGAGUUCUGGAAUUGCUGCAACGUUUGCUGAGGCGGAUCGAGGACAGAUUAUUUGCGAACCCAUUCGAAAACGUAAGAGAACGACUGAGUACCAGUUUAGUAAUCGUAUUCAAUUCGAGCACGACGAAUUUUAACACCGUGAAUAAUCUGUUGCUGCCGCGGAUACAAGACUUUAUUGAUAAAAUAAUACCGAAGCUGCAGCCUCUCGUUAACGAGAAAGCGGCGGAACUUAACAAGAACGCGGAAAUCGCUCCUGUGUCCGUCGAAAGUGACGAGUCCAACGGUCUACGUGUACCGGGGAUGAACGAAGAGGAAAAGGAAAAGGCGAUUCGAUUGCUAAAGACAAUGUGCAAAUGGGUUCUGCAUAUGAAUCACGUUUGGUACGGUUUGCCAACGGAGCUCUAUCAGAUAUUUCCAAUUAUAUACCAAAUGGAGAACUACGAAGCGGACGAUGAAUUGAGAAAGCUAUGCACGACCGCUUUGACGGUUUACACGCAAGCAUUCACGGUACCCUCCUCAAUGCCGAUAGCCGUAGAAGCGGUGGAUAAAAUGUCAAGGCACGCGUCUUGGUGGACGAGAUAUUCCUGUUUGGAGUUUAUUCAAGCGUGGGUAUUUUAUAACAUGGGCAUAUUUUUGAGCAAUCCAACUUGGGUCACAUUCGUCGAAGAAACGGUUUUACGUUUGUUAGAAGAUGAUCGUGUGGAAGUUCGGAAGCAUGCGGGUAAAGUCCUCAGCGGAUUAGUACACUGCACGUUCAUACCCGACCAGGAACGUUUACUGGACGAGUUCAAGAAGAGAGCUAAGACGAAAUUGUACAAGAAAGACCGUUCAAAGAAUGGUGGGCAGAACAGUCUAAAAACUGACGCACUGCGUAUUCGUCAUGCGGCGAUAAUAGGAAUGUGUGCGUUUGUACAGGCACAUCCGUAUGAUAUUCCAAAAUAUAUUCCACCUAUAUUUGAAUACCUCAGCCCUCACAUGAACGAUCCGCAACCCAUACCAAUGACAAUUAAAAAAACGUUGGAUGACUUUAGGAGAACACACGAGGGAUGGAAACGUGUAAAAGAGUAUAUGCAACAUUUCACAGAAGAACAGAUAACUGCGUUGCAAGAUUUGACGAUGCCACCAUCCCAUUAUGCUUAAGAGAAAGAUCAUAUUUUCUGUGGUGUAAUUAAGUGGCGAUAAUUAAUAAGUGGGUACAUAAUUCUUAAGCAACCAAACACUGGCCAACAAUAAUGUCCUGUGAAAGAUCUUACCAAAUGUUUAUAGUGGGUGUAGACAGCACCUUGUAUACCUAGAAACGGAAUAGGAUGUACAUCUAGAAACGGAAUAUUUCAAAUUUUUAUCAGAGACCCUAAGAAAAAAGUUAAAAAUGUAACAUUUAAUUCUUUUUUCCACGUUUUCGAUCAAUGAACAUUUUUUAAAACAUUACAUAGUAAACUAAGCUUUCUAAUAUCCCACACAGAAUUAUGUCGUUUUGUCUAAUAGUGGAAGAGUCAUUACAUUUUAAAAGAUAUCUGAAUGCUUUCUACACCCAUUAUAGUUCUGAACGAUUUUUUCACAUUUUUACUAUUGCACAUACAGUCAUUGAAGGGAUCAUUGCUUAUAGACGUAAUAAUUUAUGAUUGAUGGUCUAAGUGUGAAUAAAAAUGAUGUGAAUUGA